UUUGACCAUAGAGAAGUUUGUUUCUCUAUGGUUUUGACAAUUGACAUCAUAGGUUGACAUAACCUAAAAUAGUUGUUUAUUUAAAUGGUUUAAAAUGGAAAUACUGGGAUUUAAGGACUCAAAAUGCGUACCAGACAUAGUACAUCCUUAUACAGCAAGUCUUAGGAACAAUGCAGUACCCAUAGUAAUUGAUAAUGGUUCAUAUCAGUGCCGGGUUGGUUGGGCAACCAAUACAGAACCCAUGUUGUUAUUUAAAAAUCUAAUAGCGAAACCAAGGAAGGAAAGAUCAAAAAAAGAUACUGUGGAAGUUCCACAAACCCCACAAUUACAAGUCGGUAAUGACAUUGUAAAUAUUGAAGCUGUUCGUUUUCAAUUAAAAACACAGUUUGACAGGAAUGUUGUGACGCAUUUUGAAGCACAGGAACAUUUAUUUGAUUACAGUUUUGCUCAUCUAGGUAUUGACACAGAAAAUCGUGUCCCACACCCUAUCCUAUGUACAGAGGCAUUCUUAAAUCCAAACUCAUCUCGACAAUUAAUGUCUGAGUUGUUGUUUGAAUGCUAUGAUGUACCUGGGAUUUGUUACGGAGUUGAUUCUCUAUUUGCGCUUGGUUAUCAAGAAAGUAAACCAGUGGAUAAUGCGUUAUUGGUAAAUAUGGGUUACCAUUCUUGCCAUGUUAUACCUGUAGUUAACGGCAAAGUCAUGUAUGAACACAGUAGAAGAUUAAACACAGGAGGUUGGCACAUUAUAACAUUUCUGCACAAAAUCUUACAACUGAAAUAUCCAGCACAUGCAACAGCUAUAACUUUGAGCAGGGCUGAAGAAUUAUUACACAGUAUUUGUACUGUAGCUUUGGAUUAUAGAGAUGAGUUGAACAAGUGGAAUGAUCCGGACUUCUAUGAGGAGAAUAUUAAGAAAAUUCAGCUGCCCUAUGCAGCUGCUGUAGCAACAUCAUCUCUGACAGUUGAGCAACAAAAGGAGCGCAAAAAGGAAUUGGCGAGAAGACUGACGGAAAUAAACGCGCGGAAACGCGAAGAGCGUUUAGCGGAAUUUCAGCAAAAAAUAAACCAACUCAACGAAAUCCUGGAUAUGGUUCAGUACGGCGUGGACGAGGACGAAAUCGUGGAAGCCAUGGCCGAGCACCAAAUAAAAAACGUGCAGGAUUUGCAGAAAAACAUCGCAGCUUUAAAAAUGAAAAUUGACAAAACGUUGCAGAAGAUACAAGCGGCUAAUAACGCCGACGAGGUCGAUGAACCGCCGGCCAAACAGUCCAAACACACGAAGAUGGUUUUUGAAAGUGAAAAAGCCAUGCACUCGUUCCUGCAGAACAUAAAGAAAAUGAGGCAGGAGAUACUGCACAAGAAGUUGGUGAGGAAGCAGAGAAAGCAGGAUAUGGCGAAAAGGAGGACGGCCGCUGGUCAGGAAAGGAUGCGGAUUAUCUCCCAAUUGGCAAGGAAAGAAAAGGGGAACGACGAUUUCGGUCUGAGGGACGAGGAUUGGGAGAUCUACAAAACGAUAAGCAAAGAUGGCGGCGACUCGGAUAGCGAAGCCGAAAACGAAAAGUUGCUCGAGUUCGAAGAGAUCAUUCGGGUGCACGAGCCGUCGGAGUUGGAUGAGAUUACAACUCCGGGAGAAACGCAUCAACUUCACGUGGGGAUUGAGAAAAUAAGGGCGCCGGAGUUGCUGUUCAAGCCUUACAUGUUGGGUUCUUCCGAUGCCGGGCUAUCGGAGGUGAUCGGAUAUGUUUUGUCUCUAUUCAGUUACGACGAUCAGCUAAAAUUGGCGGGAAAUGUGUUGGUGAUGGGGGGGUUGGCGCACUUGAAGGGCCUUCAGAAACGCCUACUAGCAGAUCUGGUGUCCAUAAGACCUUUUCAAUCGGAAGUCAACGUAAGGAUUAUGCAAAACCCGAAUUCGGCGGCUUGGUAUGGGGCUAGGAAAUUUGCCAAAUCUCCCGAAUUUAAGAAAAGUCUUCUAACCAAAGCUAUGUACGAAGAAAAUGGACCUGAAUACUUCAAGGAACACUUUGCUUCAAAUUCCUUCAACCCAACUCCCAAAGGACAACCUACCGAAAUUGAUGUAUGACAUAUGUCUCUUAAUUGUAAAGUAUUUAUUUUUUAGUAUUGUACAAAUAAUUG